GGCUACUGCUUGCUUUUCGUUGGUUCUAAAGAGUUGAGGCGCAUGUAUGAGUGGCUUUCUGACUUGCAGAAGGGUAGUCGUAUUAUCUCCCUGCUGCCAAUGUAGCGCUUCUGCCGAAGAUAAGCAUUGUUCAAGUUCCAAGUUCCCAGGCUCCUUGCCCAGUCAUCACCUUAACAUUCGUAUCAAAUCAGACGCGGUCGUGGUUUGUCGAGAGCAGCCACAGGGAACUCUACUACUAGUUGUAGACCGCCUGCGCGCUCUCCAUCGACAUGUCGGACCGCCUAACCUAUUCUGAGGUUGCGCCAGAAAUCGCAUCACGGAACAGGCACGAGCGAUUCUACAUCCCUGACGGGAACGUGGUCUUCCUGGUCGAGGGCACUCUGUUCAAGGUGCAUCGCUACUUUUUCAUACAUGGGUCGAACGUAUUUCAAGGCAUGUUCUCCAUGCCCAGUCCCGCUGGCGAGGACUCUGAAGGCACGUCGGAUGAGCGACCGAUCUUCCUCGAAGGCAUUUCAAGCUUAGACUUUGCCCGCUUCCUCACAAUGUUCUACCCAAGGAGCAUGCUAAAGCCCGAUCUAGAGACGACCUUAGAGUGGAAUUCUGUCCUCGAGCUCGCAGUAAAGUGGCAGUUCGACGACAUCCAGGCGCUGGUCGUCGCUCGGCUUACUGAGCACGCAUCUUCAGUCGACCAGAUCUUGCUGGCGCGGCAGUACCACCUGAGCGAUUGGUUCUACGAUGCGCACGUCAAGAUCUGCAGCAGGUACGAGCCGCUGACUCUCGAGGAGGGUCGACGGCUGGGCGUGGAUGAGGUGGUGAUUAUAUCGGAUGUGCGACAAUACAACAUACGGUUCAACAGAGGGAACGUCGACCACGACAAGCUGCGCGGGGCGUUGAGGGUGCUGGAGCAGUUAUGA